UGUGCAUGUGCCUGCACGUGUAUACUCGUACACUCCCACAGAACGACUUACAAACAUUCACAGAUACGGAACGAGUUAUUAAUUGUCGACAUUGUCAUCAUAAAAAACGAGAUCACGACGCGUUUCGUUCAUGAUUGGUUCCAAACGAAAGAAAAAUACGAACAUCUUCUUUAUUUCUGUACGCUCAAAGUAAACCUUCUGUUCACUCCGUUGUACUCGUUCGAUUUUGGUAAUUCAAUUACGCGAGGCGCAUUUGAGGAAUUUCGACCGCAGCGUCGUCCGUUGAGAAACAGUAGAACUUAGGUUUCACGUACAGUGUUCGAGGAAUUUCUCUCUCACUCUUCCUCAAUGACCUAACGACUGGAGGGGGUGCACCAUUACGAAUGGAGGAUAUAAUAAAUCGUCUCGUCCUCGUUGUGGGUUUUGAAUACUGUUGCUUCAAAGUGCAACAGUUUAAGUUAAGAGAAAUCGAUCGUUGCCUCGUGUGUACAUUACCUAAGAAAAUUCUUUUACACUCGUUGACGUUCAAACAUGACGAACACUUCGAAAAAAAGAAGAACUCCGUCGAAAUUCACGAGCAUGGGCAAUCACGAGGAAUUCUUAAAUCGCAUAUCGAAGUCGCUUUAUUAUUCAAAAUUGCCGGUGACCGAUUGCCUCAGUUUACCUGUUACUGAAUUGGCAGCGGAACUGUUUACGGAAGUAAAGAGUGGCCACACUCUCGAACGAUUAGACGUAGAGGAAGCUAGCAGGAUUUCUAGAAAUGCCUGCGUUUCGCCGUGCUCUCUGGUCCUGGCAUUGCUGUACUUGGAAAGAUUGAAAGAUUGUAAUCCGGAAUAUCUACAACAAGUUGCACCCUCCGAACUCUUCCUCGUUUCCUUGAUGGUGGCUAGUAAAUUUUUAAACGACGAAGGAGAGGUGGACGAAGUUUUAAAUACAGAAUGGGCACAGUCGGGUGACCUGACUAUAUCAGAAAUAAAUCAGUUAGAAAAGGACUUUCUAAAGGCUAUCGAUUGGACCGUGUUCGUUCAUAAUCAUGAUUUUUGGGAAAGACUACAGAAGUUAGAGAAAGAUAUAGCGUAUAAGGAGGCACGGAAAAGAGGUUGGUUCUCUUACACGGAACUGAGUUGUUUGAUGAACUCGAUGCAGUUGUUAGAAGUGGCACACGCCGUGGUGAACGUAUCGUCGAUUUGUUUGGCAACCUAUACUGCAGGGGUAGUGACUCUGUUAGGCUCUGCACUGGUUGCAAGCUAUUUUCCAGGAACGAUACUCGGUCCGAGGCAAACGACUAACUCGACGGAUGUCAUUAAAACCGACUUGAAUCCAGUGGAUGUGACGGCGUCGCUCGUCGAAGUACUGCACGAACAGAUUCUGAUGACCGAUCUCGUAUCUCUCUCCUUGAAUUGCAACAAGUCCGAACAGGGUUGUGAGAAUAUCGGAAUGAACGAUGUUAGUGAUGCUAACUGGGAAUGGUGGUUAAAUUCCAUGAUGACCUGGCUACCGGAACAUUCGGAUUCAGCGUCGAUCGAAGAGAAGACGUUGGACACGAGAAACGUUAACACCGAACGCGUGGACACACCAACGAUCAAAUAUUUACUCGACGGCACCACCGCGUCAGAUGAAUCUUUUAUGAGUACGGAUUGGAAACGAAUAUUAAGUGUAGAUUUAAAGAUUCUUCUGCACGACUGGAGAUAUUACGCGAACUACGUUACGAAAAUAACACUGGAUCAUCAACACUGAGACACGCGCAUUGGUCAAAAAAGUUGUAAAAAAAAAGAACAGAAAAGUAUAUAUUUUUUCUACUAAUUUGUGAACUCGACGAGAACUACUGACAGAAUAAUUUUUUCAAUAAAGAAUGUGAGAGAUCUACA